AUGGUGUACACUCUCAAAGUCAUCUCCUCCAUCUCCAUCUCCCUCUUCCUUCUCACCUCCUAUCUAAACACUGCAACAAGCCAAAAUCAUUGCUUAAAGACUGCUUGCAGCCCCAAAGAACCGACGAUUCGAUUCCCUUUUCGGAUUCCAAAUCGUCAGUCGAAGUCAUGCGGUUUUCCAGGUUUUAACAUAUCCUGUGGUAGUUCCAAUGAGACCAUAUUGGAGCUGCCCUUUUCAGGAAAAUUUGUUGUUCAAGCUAUCGACUAUGCCACACAAGAUAUAUGGAUUAAUGAUCCGGAAAACUGCCUCCCUAACCGAAUCCUUUCGCUUAAUCUCUCUGCUUCUCCUUUUACUGGCCUGUAUUAUCAAUCAUUCAUGUUCUUUAACUGCUCAUCUUCUGAUUAUAGGAAAUACGGGCUAAAUCCAAUAGCUUGUCUCAGUGACUCUACAUACACAGUUUUUGCUACAUCAUCUUUAAGUGUUGUUGAUUUUCUACAGAGAAAGAAUUCAUCCUGUAGUUUUAUCAGGAUGGUUCCUGUUCCAGUUGAGUGGCCGUUUUACCAGCAAAUUUUGUCCUCGGACCUUAGCGAGGACCUGCAUCUCACCUGGGAUAAACCUGAGUGUGGAAAGUGCGAGUCGCGUGGUGGAAGGUGUGCUCUGAAGAUCAAUUCUAGCGAACUUGUCUGCUCAAAUGUUACUCGUCACGCAUCCACUAAUCUACUGGAUACAACAUGGUCAGGACUUCCAAGGUCAGCUCUUUAUGCCAUCACAGCAGUAGCUGGAAUACCAGGGGCAUUAAUUCUACUAUGUCUCCUAUGUUUCCUCGGUGGCAGGAUCAAGUCCUGUGCUACAGGAAGGAGCCAAUUAGGUCUGCCAGAAACUAAUUCCAUAGUCAAUCCAGAACCUAGACUUGUUAUUGCUGGGCUGGAUGGACCAACGAUAGAGUCCUAUCCCAAAAUAGUACUUGGUGAGAGCAGAAGGUUGCCUAAACCUGAAGAUUGCACUUGCGCAAUAUGCUUGUCUGAGUACAAGUGUAAGGACACACUUAAGACUAUUCCUGAGUGCAAACAUUGCUUCCAUUCUGAUUGCAUUGAUGAAUGGCUUCGAGUGAAUGCUAGUUGCCCCAUUUGCAGAAAUUCUCCUCAAAGAUUGCCACCAGCUGAAUCUCGAUGA